AUGUCACCCCCGGGUAAUGGAAUCUUUGUGGUCCGGGGUGAAAUGUCCACCUUGACGACGGCUAUGCGCCGCGGGUCUCGGUGGAGCUUCAACACGUAUCAGGAUGACGAAAAGGAUGUGCUACUGAAGAGCUUUCAAGAGCUGAAGGAGGUGCUGCUGCAGGUGGAAGAUUUGCGGCUGGUGGAACCGAGCGUAUUCUUGGCCCCGUUCCUCGAAGUCAUCCGUUCGGAGGAGACGACCGGACCGGUCACCAGUCUGGCUCUGUCUGCUGUCAAUAAGUUUCUUUCGUAUGGCUUGAUCGAUCCGACACACUCGACGUUGGCGGCAACGGUGGAAAACAUUGCGGAUGCCGUAACGCACGCCCGGUUCGUAGGGACGGACCAAACAUCGGACGGUGUGGUGCUGACGAAGAUCAUACAGGUGCUGCGGACAUUGGUGCUCAGUCCGGAGGGUAGUGCACUGUCGGACGAGAGUAUGUGCGAUAUAAUCUUGAGUUGUUUCCGGUUGUGCUUCGAGCCGCGGUUGAACGAGCUUGUGCGCCGGACGGCCGAGAACUCGCUGAAAGAUAUCGUGCUCUUGCUGUUUAUGCGUUUGCCGCAGUUUGCCGAAGGGGACAGCUUUAACACACUGAAGACGCUCAAGAUGCGCUCGAGCUCGAUGGACCAGUCGGGCAAGCGGCGCAAAUACAGCAAAGCGGGUGCGAAAGAGGAACCGAAACCUCCGGCGACCGCGGCGACCCCGGUGGUACCAAAGAUAGUCACUGGUUCGAUGGUGGAGGAUGCUGCGGGCUCAGGUGAAGAACCGAUCACGCCGGUAUCGCUGACGGCACCGAAUCGCAUCCUGAAGGCACCUCCGUUGUCCACGACGCCGGCUACUCCGGCUGGAGUGAUCGUCGAUAUGCAGGGAACCAUUUCUCAGACACCCAAGGCAAAUCCAGAUGUAGUGACCAUUUCGACAAACGAAACCCUAAACUCGGGCGAAGCAACUAUUCCCGAGCCAGAGCCGGAGCCGGUGGCUGUUUCCACCGGUCUCGAAGAAGCUGCUCCGAGUGACUCGGCCUCUUUCGUGAACUCCGUUGGUGUUCGUUUUACACCUCAACAGCCAGAUGAAGAGCUGGCCACAAGUGGCAUCGCUAGCACCACCACAACGUCAGCAUUUUCACACGUUCCCUACGGGUUGCCCUGCAUCCGGGAGCUAUUCCGGUUCCUGAUUUCGUUGUGCAACCCGCUGGACAAGCAGAACACGGAUGUGAUGAUCCACAUGGGCCUGACACUGCUCACGGUCACGUUUGAGGUUGGCGCUGACAGUAUCGGGCGGUACGAUUCGCUGCUCGCGAUCGUGAAGGACGAUCUGUGCCGUAAUCUCUUCGCGCUGCUCGCAACCGAACGGAUAUCGAUCUUUGCCGCUGAUUUGCAGCUCUGCUUUCUGCUGUUCGAAGCCCUCCGGGCGCAGCUCAAGUUUCAGCUUGAACACUACCUCACGCGCGUGGCGGACAUGAUAAUGAACGACAGUCCGCGCAUCCUGUACGAGGCGCGCGAGCUCGCGAUGGACAACUUGCUGCAGCUGUGGCGCAUCCCGGGCUUUGCGGCCGAACUCUACAUCAACUACGAUUGCGACCUGUACUGCACGAACUUGUUCGAGGAUUUGUCCAAGUUGCUCUCGAAGAACACGCUGUCGGCCACACAGGCCAUCUACAGUAUCCACACGCUGUCGAUGGACGCGCUGCUAACGAUCGUGGAGUCGAUCGAGAGAAACUGCGUGCAGGCAAAGAGCGGACAGAAACCGACGUACAUGCGGCACUCGCGAAACAAUUCGUACGCAACCGAUAGAAUUGUUCUCGAUCACUCGUUGGCCGCAGCGACGGAGUUUGCCCGGGUAUCCGAAAUCGAAUCGGGAGGCAAUGGCGAAGACACAGCAGAAAGCACCGCGCUGGCUGCCGGUGAACCAAUGGUCGCCGUGGAGAACAUUAGCAAAUUUCUGCACUCUAGUCAAACGGAUCGGCUGCGAGGGGCGAGCGACCAAUCGAACGGUGGUGGAGGUGUGGUUCCUGUUGCGACGGUUCCAACGGAAGACCCAGCAUUGGCACCGCCAGCAUUGUCGCACGAAGAGCUGGCAGCGAUCAAGCGCAAGAAGCGCCUUCUGACACAAGGGACCGAUCUGUUCAAUCAGCGCCCGGAGAAGGGUAUACAGUUUUUGCAAGAAAACGGUCUCCUAAGUGCGGUGCUCGACCCACAGGAAGUGGCCCAAUUUCUGCGCGCAAACUCCGGUCUCGACAAGAAGAUGAUCGGUGAGUACAUCAGCAAAAAGCGUAACGUUGAGAGCCGCAUCCUGGAGGUGUUUGUGAAAUCGUUCGACUUUGCGGGCCUCAUGAUCGACCAGGCGCUCCGGCUGUACCUAGAAACGUUCCGGUUGCCGGGCGAGGCCCCGCUCAUCUCGCUCGUCAUGGAACACUUUGCCGACCACUGGCACGAAUGCAACAACGAACCGUUCGCCAACACGGACGCAGCGUUUCGGCUGGCGUACGCGGUCAUCAUGUUGAACAUGGACCAACACAACCACAACGCGAAGCGCCUGAACGUACCGAUGACGGUGGAAGAUUUUCAGCGCAAUCUGCGGGGCCUGAACGGCAAUUCGGACUUUGACCAGGAGAUGCUGACUAAAAUCUAUCACUCGAUACGGAACGAAGAGAUUGUCAUGCCGGCCGAGCAGACGGGUCUGGUGCGGGAAAACUACCUGUGGAAGGUACUGCUACGCCGUGGAACCACAAAGGACGGUAUCUUCCGGCACGUGUUCGGCCCCCAGCACGAUCGCGAGCUGUACCGUGUGAUUCAGGGGUCAACGCUUGCUGCGCUCAGCUUUGUGUUCGACAAAUCGCUCGACAACGUCACACUGUACCAGAAGGCCAUCGGUGGCUUCGUCAAGUCGGCAGCGAUUGCCGCGCACUUCCAGCUCCACGGCGACUUUGAUGCGCUAGUGUUGACACUGUGCAAGUUCAGCACGCUCCUAGCGCCACCACCGAACGAUGCGAACGAAAUCGCGAGCUGCGUAAUGUUUGGCCAGAACUUGAAGGCACAACUCGCGAUGCGCACGGUGUUUACGCUGAUCCACGAGCACGGUGACUGUAUGCGCGAGGGAUGGCGCCACAUGAUGGACGUGAUUUUGCAGCUUUUCCGCUUCAAGUUGCUUCCGAAGGCCCUGAUGGAGGCGGAAGAUUUUUGUGAACCCAGCGGUAGGGUGGUGCUGCUGCGGGAACAGAACCCACUGCCGAAAACGGACGCGGGACUGUUUAGCUCGCUCUACUCGUACCUUGCCAAUGAUGGGCAACGGCAGCCGACGUAUGAGGAGCAGGAGGUGAUCAAGGUGUCGCGCAAGUGCACCCGUGAGUGUCAGAUCGAGCAGAUCGUGAAUGAGUCCAAGUUCCUGCAGUAUGAAUCACUCGAGGAGCUGAUCGGCUGUCUGCUGGCAAUGAUUGUGCCCCCGGAAGGUCACAAGAAUGCCGCGGGUCAAGCCGGCGCCGGUGGCAUCAGCGCAACCGGAGGCAGUCCGCAGCCCGCGUACGGUGAGUGUACGGUUGUGUUUCUGCUCGAACUGCUUGUGAAAGUGCUGAUACAGAAUCGCGAUCGGCUGCUGCCGGUUUGGGGCCGUGUUCAGGAGAAACUGUAUGCCUUGCUGGUCGGCGGAUCGAGCUACGAUUUCAGCUAUCUUCUGCAGCGCACGACCGUUGCCCUGCUCAAGCUGGCCAUCUAUCUCAUGCGCAACGAAGAUCUCUGUUCGACGAUCCUGCAGAGCCUGCGGAUGCUGCUGGCCCUGCCGCCGGCGGUCAUUCUGGCCAUCUCGAAACCGAUCUCGAUCGGUAUGUACGAGCUGCUGAAAACGAGUGCGCAAAACAUUCACACCGAGGCCGACUGGGUGAUCGUGUUCACCGUGCUGGAGUGUGUAGGGGCUGGUGCGGUACCACCGGAGUACGUUGAUCCGGCGCCUGCCAAGGGCCGCUCGCAGGGUUCCACCGGUACAGUGAGUGGCGCCAAAUCGGAUGGUGCACUGAGCAGUGAAGAGGAUUCGGGACUACCCGAUCGGGGUUACAUUUCCGACACGGAGCUCAGUUCUUGCGUGACGUUGCCAAUGAAGACACCGGGAGGCCCAUCGGUGGCGUCAACCACGCCACCACCGAUGCCGAGCCCUACGGCGGGUGAUGCUUGGAUACUGGUCAACAAGGACACGAUCGAUCUGGCAUCGGGCAUCGGUUCGGGGCCUGGCACCAACGGUGGCUCCGCUGGUGGUCGAUCUCCAUCGCCGUGCCACUCGAUCCAGUAUCGCUGCCAACUGCUCGAACAUUCGGCGUUCGCACUGGUCAAGUGUUGGGAAAGUUUGGCAUUUAUCGUCCGGAACGUGGCCCACAUUACGCCGUACAAUUUCGAGAGUUGCGUACGCUGCAUCCGGACAUUCGUCGAAGCAUCGAUGGGUGGUGGUCUAGAGCGAAAAGAACGACAGCGGAAGGUGCACGGUGCCGCACAGCCUGGAAGCGGACUGUCCGCAACGUCCUCGUCGACGGGCGUUGGUGAUAGUAGUGACAGCGAAUCGGACGAACUGCCCGAACGCUAUCAAUCGAUCUCGAUCCAGUUGCUUGACCUGAUGCACACCCUGCACACGCGGACGGCGCAAAUCUUUCGCUGGUGGGCCGAGGAAGGUGGUGCGGUGCCACAGUGUGCAUCUCUCUGGUCCCAGGGCUGGUGUCCGUUGCUACAGGGCAUCGCCCGCCUAGCGACCGACCAUCGGCGACAGGUGCGCACCAGCGCCAUCACCUGCCUGCAGCGGGCUCUUCUCGUGCAGGAUCUACAAACGCUGACCGGACUCGAAUGGGCCGGUUGCUUCAAGCAGGUUCUAUUUCCACUACUGCAAGAGCUGCUACAGGAGAAAGCCAGUGGCCCGCAGGAGAUUGGGUUGCUGGAGGAAUCACGCAUCCGCACGGCCACCAUCAUGUCGAAGGUGUUUCUGCAUCAUCUGACGCCUCUCAUUGCGCUGCCAAACUUCCAGGAGCUGUGGCUUGAGAUAUUGGACUACUUCGAGCGCUUCAUGACGGCCGGUUCCGACAUGCUGUACGAAGCGGUGCUGGAAAGUCUGAAAAAUAUGCUGCUGGUGAUGCACUCGGUUUGCGUCUUCCACAACACCGACGGCUUGACGCAUUCGAUGCUGUGGGACGUUACCUGGCAGCGGAUAUCCAGCUUUCUGCCCAACCUCAAGGAUGAACUGUUCAAACAGGAAGCCGUCCGUGCUUCGGUUACCGUCAGUGCUGCUGGAGAAAUGGUGCCUGGUAGUUCUCAAUCCGCUCCAGUUGUAUCAUCGGUGGCCAGCGAUCAUGUAACCGAAGGAAGCAACAGCAGUACCGGGGCCAGCGCUCCGCUUGUUAUGCUCCACCCUGCGCCAGUGCCGCCACCGGAAAGCGCGCUGCGGCAUCAUUCACCACCAUCGUCUGCCUUUGCCGGUCAGCCAAGUGCUGUGAACGUCGGUCCGACGGCCGAAAUCCAUCGUACUCCCGUCCGAUCUUUGGCGCCAAACAAUCUCCUGAUGAGCAGCACGGCCACUGCCGACUUUGGUGGGCUGCCAAUGAUGAUGUUACCGCGCGUUACCACACUUCCAGCAUCCACUUCGGUGCCGGUCGGUGGCAGAAUUGAUUCUGCAACUCAACCCCCGGCAGUUAAUCCACCCAGCACGACCCAGGCCGCUGUACCGACAAGUGACCAACCUCAGAGGCCGACCGUUUCAAACGUCAUAGAACUGCCGGAAGUGACCGUUUUACCUUGUACGCCAUCACGCGUCGCGGUAGCCGACGGGGCACCGGUGACCGACCCAACGGUUCCCAUCAGUCACCGGCUGAUGGGCUCCCAGUAUCCAUCGCUGCAGCACGUCCCCGUAGGUAUUGCGCAAAGUUUUGCACCCAUCUUUGUGCAACCGAACAGGCCGGGGGAGCAAGUUUGUUCGGACAUUUACUCCGACUACGCGAACGAUCCGUACAAUCUGACAUUGCAAUUUGAGCAUGGUUCCGGAGUCAAUGGUUCGGCGGUGUCCGGAACGGGAACGGAGGAAGAAAAACCGACAACGACAACAGUGUCGACGAUAGGGACGGUUAGCGGACAGACGGUGGCCACCGGGAACGAGUUACAGAACGUGUUUCAAUCGGCUCAAUACUUUAGCUUCCCGUCCACCGGCCACAUCCCACCGGGGUCGGAGAUGCUCUUCGGAGAACCGUAGGGCACGGAGCGUGACAACCUGUUGCGGCGUUCCAGAGGCCAGGGAAGGACAUUCCAAACUGCUUCUCAAAUCAAGUGUUGAUUAUGUCGCUGUGUUGCAAUUUUUUGUGUAAGGCGUAGAGUGAAACGAUCUUGGACGAUCUUGAACGAUCUUACGUUCGAAAGCAGCAACGAACUGCAAACAGCUGUAAAUGCUACGGGGCUUACGCAGCCAGCACUGUUGUGUGUUUUUAAAGCAAAAUUUAUUGUAUUUAUUAGUGAAUGUUUGAUCGAUUCGAAGCGAUAUAGAAACGGUGACCACGGUUGUUUGUUGAUCAAUUUUAAUUCCACUACUCGUUACUUUACCUUCGUUAGGUUUUAGCUAUUAAAACACACCCGUUUCAAACAAAGAGAGACAACGGAUUAGGCACACGGCAACCCUACUAUUCUUCUUCUUUUUAUUCUUCACCACCCUCACGUAUUACUUCGGGAACGGGUCCCUCUUGUCGUGAAAUCGAGUCCAGAGCCCCGUGGACACCGGGCGCAUCCGAUGUCCGUUAGCAAAAUGAAAGCAGAGUAUUGAGAAAAAAUAAAUAAACAUAUAUUAUGGUCUAUUAACGAAACCAAUGUUUCGCGUGUGGUCGGUUCCCCGGGUGUGGUCCCCCUGUCCUGUUACGUUCCGGUGGAUGC